GAGAUAUCGGAGUGAAAUGAAUUACUUUUGGGAUUCGAACUCACCUCGACUUCCCUGGGGAUGUGUGCCCCUCCCUCGAAUUUAGGGGGGGGGGGGGUCACUUCGCAGCCCUUACCUUGCCGCGACAAAAAUUCCUAACAAAUCAUGCCCCUAACAAAAACUGUGAACAUUAUCUACCUGCAACAAAGAAAACACUCGGUGUUAAUUUCGUUGUCUCCUCCAAAGUUUUAAUCCUCUCAUUUGGUCAAAAAGCUAUGGAAACCAACAUCAGUUUGAUUCACGAUUGCGACACUAGCUGAAUUUGAAAUUUGAACCAGAAAGAGUCUGUGUCAUGAAGUAUUACUUUGGAUACCUGGCCCUAGUGGGCGUGGCCUUGCUGACAUGCGCAGUUGCUCAGAAUACUGGUGAUUAUGCUCGUUUGAGAAAUUCCCUGUUUAGAGAUUACAACAAAGAGCUUCUGCCUAGAAUUGACACAGAGAACGAUGUUGGUAUGGGGAUGACAUUAAUCAAACUGCGUGAACUGGAUAUUUUCAAGGGUACCGUUGAUGUGAACGCCUGGCUGGAUAUGGGUUGGAAUGAUCCGAGAUUAUCAUGGAAUCCCGCAGAUUUUGGAAACAUCACCGAGUUUCAUAUCCGACCAUCUGAGAUAUGGGUACCUGACAUAUCGCUUUACAGCGACUCACCGCUGAAUGGCUUAGUGACAGAAGCUUCUGCUGUUGUAUACGAUAUGGGCGGGAUAUUCUACUUUCCUCCCUUGCAGCUGGAAUCGACUUGUACUAUGGAUUUGAAAGACUACCCCUACGAUCAACAUGAAUGCAGAAUGAAGUUCGGAUCAUGGUCCUAUUUAAACACUACAAUAACCGUUUAUCCGAUAGAGGACACCAUCGACUUGUCAGAGACUACUCCGAAUGAGCAUCCGAUCUGGGAGAUCGUCGACUCAAAGGUCACGCGUGAGGCGUAUACCUACCGGUGCUGUCCUGGUGAGUUUUACGACAGUGUUACGUUCUCCGUAUUGGUACGUCGACGAGAGACACACGGCCGUAUCGCCUCCUCUGUCAUCACGACAUGGCUCAUCCUCGUCGUCUUCCUGAUCGGACCGUCGUCGGCUGGGAAACGGAUCAUAUUCGCAGGGCUCAUCUUUGUCGCAUUGGUGGUGCUCUCUGCAGCUGUUAGUGCCGAGGUUCCCGCCUAUUCGAUGACCAGGCUUGGUCGGUUCAUCAUCGGCGGAAUGCUCAUCGUCGCUCUCGUCAGUAUUUACAAUGGCCUCAUCUACCGCUGCUACCCCAGGGAGAAGCCAGGGCAGCUUACUGAAGGGGACGGUUCAACUCGAUCACGGACCAUCGUCAUCGUCGAUGUCGCGGCUUUCGUUUGUACUGCCAUCAUCCUCGGCAUUUCGACAGGCGCCCUCUUUGUCUAAAAGCAAUCCAGAGUUCGAGUGUAAUUUGCCGGUCAUGAUCGGAAUAUGAAAUUCUAUUAUUAUGUUGGAAUCAGUGACGUAAUUGGUAGGGUAUCAUAAUGAAGUAAGGAGUUUUCAUUAUAAACAACAAAUAAAUAAUUUUCAAUCGUUGGUGGAAUUUGGAUGGUCAAUUGGAUAUUUUAUUGGCUGCUAUAAUUAUCUUACUUCUUGCGAUAUGAUGCAUUUUGUUUGUGAUUCUCGUACUGUAUCCUCUGUCCAUAUUUCGACAUUCCAUUUUUGAAAGCAAGAAUGAUAGAAUAUGAAUAUCAAUCAUAAUUAUAGAUACAUUGAGGUCUUUUGAGGAUCUUUAUACUUUGGCAUAUUUGCAGAGAACUUUCCCGCAUGUUAACUAUUUCUUAUCACGUUAUGUAGAAAAUUUUGAGAUUAUCCUACAAUAAUUAUUAAGGAUGAAGUCCAUGCAAAUAACAUUGUACUUUGGGAAAAUGUUAAAUUGGCAUCUUUUUUGUUUUAUGAUAGCCACAAUGUAUAAGCUAACUGUUCAUUGAUUAGUAAAUUGUAGAAUUCUUUUAUGCAUCAUCACUUUUCGCCAUCGUAAAUCGAAUAAACUGAAAGGACUAACUUAAUCAUUAA